ACUCAGGUCAUUAACCUAAAGCUGGCCAACAACACCAUGGUCAAAGCCACGGUGAUCCCCGCCGUGUCGGUGCAGAGUGCCAGCAGCGCCAUCCUCAAAGCUGCCGACGCCAUCCAUCAACAACAGCAGACCGUCAUGGUGCCCACAUCCAGCCUGGCCAACGCCAAACUCACCGUGCCAAAGACCGUCCACCUCACCAACCUCAACCUGCUCCCCCAGACCAAGACCACCUCUGUGUCUGAGCUCCACCAGGUUUUGGUUUAUUAAGAAACCCAUUUGUACAUCAGGAGUAAUCUUCUAUGCUAACGCAUUAUAGAAAACAAAAUAUAUAACGUCAUACAGUAUAAUGAAGUAAACAUGAGGAAUCAUUCCAAUAAAUAACUAAAUAGAUUAAUAACAACAAUAAAUCCCUGACAUUCAUUCAGUAACUUCUUAGAUUUUGUAUCACCAGGUGCUGUCCAGCUCCAAGCCCCAGAGUCAACAGGCCCUGCUGGCUGCCCAGGCCCAGAAGAAAGGUGUCUCUAGAGUCCAGGUGUUAGCCAGCUCCCAGAGUUCUGUAGUGGAGGCCUUCAAUAAGGUCCUGAGCAGCAUCAACCCUGUCCCAGUCUAUGUCCCCAACCUCAGCCCCCCCUCGGCGGCCUGUAUCCCCCUGCCCUCCCGCGGCUACAGGUAAAAUGCUAGCUAGCUAAGUAGCAUUUUAAUUGUUUUAUCUUUAAAAAAAAAUUUUUUUUUCUCCUAUUUUUUGUUAUACGUGAUCCUUGGGCUUCUUCAAAUGCAGUGUAUAUAAUAUAUAUAUAUAUGUUUGUAUUAAUGUAUAGUCAUUUAUAUUAUUAUUUACAGGUGCCUGGAGUGCGGUGACUCGUUUGCCCUGGAGAGAAGCCUGAGCCAGCAUUACGACCGCCGCAGCGUCCGUAUCGAGGUCACCUGCAACCACUGUGCCAAGAACCUGGUCUUCUACAACAAGUGCAGUCUGCUCUCCCACGCCCGCGGACACAAGGACAAAGGUGUGUUUUCUUCAUACAUGAAAUGUGUAAAGCAUUCGCUGCCAUUGAUACUCUGAAAAGCUUCUAAAUUGUGAAAAACCUCCUCUUCUCUUCUCUUCUCUUCUCUUCUCUUCUCUUCUCUUCUCUUCUCUUCUCUUCUCUUCUCUUCUCUUCUCUUCUCUUCUCUUCUCUUCUCUUCUCUUCUCUUCUCUUCUCUUCUCUUCUCUUCUCUUCUCUCUCUUCUCUUCUCUUCUCUUCUCUUCUCUUCUCUUCUCUUCUCUUCUCUUCUCUUCUCUUCUCUUCUCUUCUCUUCUCCUCAAAGGGGUGGUUAUGCAGUGUUCCCACCUCAUCCUCAAGCCCAUCCCUACAGACCAGAUGAUCACUACAUCUCCUCCGCUAUCCUCCACCACCGCCGCUGGAUCUACCCACAGCUCCACCGGCCACUACCUAGGGAAGGGUGCAGGGACCCAGGCCCAGGCAGCGGUGAUCUGUGCCCCCUCCAACGCCCCUCCGGUUGCUGCCAUGCCCCUGGAUGAGGAUGUGUCCCGGCUCUGCAGAACCAGCCUGAAGUGUUUAGAGUGCAGUGAGAUGUUCCAGGAUGAGAACUCUCUAGCAAUGCACUAUCAGCAGGCGCCAGAGUCCAGCGGACAGGUGUGUGUGGUUACUGUGUGUAUAAGCGGGUGUUGUGUGAGUGUUUUCAUACUCUUUUAACACUUCCCUUGUCUAUUUGUAUUUCCGUGAGUCACUCAGACUUUUCCUUUAUAUUAAUAUAUACAUUUUCUUUACCUUUAAAGCUGGAAUCCUUUAUGGUAAAACAAUCACAUCCAUUUGCGAUAUUACAACAAAGAAGUUACUGCGAAUAAAGAACGCUGUUUUCCCCCCCUCUGACAUCAUUGCACGCGUGACAGAAGAGCACAAUAUGCAGUGCAUUGUUUUUCACCAUGCUGCACGACGCUCCUCAGCUCAGCAACAACAACAAUAACAACGGUGGUGGGGUGGCCACUGGCGCUGUUUCCCCCUACUGCAGAUGCCAUCUUUAAUGGCAUUAUGUUUUUUCAGUAUAUGAUCCUUUUAUAACCCUAGCUAAUGCUGUAAAUUGACAAAUGUUUUGUUAAUUUAACUCCAUAUUGCACCCACUCUCAAUGAUUGCAUUCCUCUAGAGAAUUAUAAUACCAUUUUGUUUAGUGUAUUUCGUCUCUUUUUACGUCUAUAGAAAACCUGCACCAUCUGCCAAAUGCUGCUACCUAACGCGUGUAGCUUCGCGUCGCACCAACGAAUCCACCAGCACAAGUCUCCCUACAUCUGCCCUGAGUGUGGAUCAAUCUGCCGUUCAAUCCACUUCCAGUCCCAUGUGACCAGGAACUGUCUGCACUACACCCGCAGGGUGGGCUACCGGUCAGUCUGACAUCACUUCCUGCCUGAACAGGAAACACUUCUGUAUAGCUUGUUACCAUGGUUCCUCUUCUUCUCUAGAGAUUUUCUUCAUAAGCAGUCAGAUGACUUUUGGUUAAAAGGUCCACUCACUCAGGUAGACGUAGCAAUAUGACAUCAUACAGAAGGGCGACUUUCUGCCUACAGAAAUCAACAGCAACGAAAUGAUAAGCUGCCAAGACUGCCAACAUCGGCUCCUCCCAAUGUGGAGGGUGCACACUGGGAAAAGCCGAUACUGCAGUGGUUACCAUGACAGAUUUGAAUUAUGUUGUUGUUGAAUUGCCCCGCUGUGUUUGAUAAUGUCACCUUUAAGUCUCCACACUGAAAAUAAUGUAUUUCACCUAUCAAGGUGCCACUUACAGCUCUCUCAUAGCCAUUGCUAAUCACAGUAAUUACAAUGUCAGUUGAUUUGUAACUUGCCUUGAGUAUCAAAAUCAUCCAAAAUGUUGAGUUAAAAGGUCUCUCUUUUUUCUUCCCCUCUCUCUCUCUCCAGCUGUGUGCACUGUAACGUCAUCUACGCUGACGUGGCCGCUCUGAAGACUCACAUCCAGAGCUCUCACUGUGAGAUCUUCUACAAGUGUCCAAUCUGCCCCAUGGCCUUCAAGUCUGCCCUUGGCACACACUCCCACGCACACACACAGCACCCUGGGGUCAAGAUAGGAGAGCCCAAGUAAGUCUCUUCAGAUUCUCAUAACCCAUUAUUCAUGUGGGGUGGCUUGCGAAAGUAUUCACCCCCCUUGGCAUAUUUUGUUGCCUUACAACCUGGAAUUAAAAUUGAUUUUUUUUGGGGGGGGGGGUUGUAUCAUUUCAUUUACACAACAUGCCUAACACUUUGAAGAUGCAAAAUAUUUUUUCUUGUGAAACAAACUGAACUUGAGCGUGCAUAACUAUUCAACCAACCUCCCCCCCCCCCCCCCCCAAAGUCAAUACUCUGUAGAGCCACCUUUUGCAGCAAUUACAGCUGCAAGUCUCUUGGAGUAUGUCUCUAUAAGCUUGGCACAUCUAGCCACUGGGAUUUUUUCCCAUUCUUCAAGGCAAAACUGCUCCAGCUCCUUCAAGUUGGAUGGGUUCUGCUGGUGUACAGCAAUCUUUAAGUCUCAAUUGGAUUGAGGUCUGGGCUUUGACUAGGCCAUUCCAAGACAUUUAAAUGUUUCCCCUUAAACCACUCAAGUGUUGCUUUAGCAGUAUGCUUCGGGUCAUUGUCCUGCUGGAAGGUGAACCUCCGUCCCAGUCUCAAAUCUCUGGAAGACUGAAACAGGUUUCCCUCAAGAAUUUCCCUGUAUUUAGCACCAUCCAUCAUUCCUUCAAUUCUGACCAGUUUCCCAGUCCCUGCCGAUGGAAAAACAUCCCCACAGCAUGAUGCUGCCACCUCCAUGCUUCAUGGUGUUCUCGGGGUGAUGAGAGGUGUUGGGUUUGCGCCAGACAUAGCGUUUUCCUUGAUGGCCAAAAGGCUCAAUUUUAGUCUCAUCUGACCAGAGUACCUUCUUCCAUGUGUUUGGGGAGUCUCCCACAUGCCUUUUGGCGAACACCAAACGUGUUUCUUAUUUUUUCUUUAAGCAAUGGCUUUUUUUCUGGCCACUCUUCCGUAAAGCCCAGCUCUGUGGAGUGUACGGCUUAAAGUGGUCCUAUAGACAGAUACUCCAAUCUCCGCUGUGGAGCUUUGCAGCUCCUUCAGGGUUAUCUUUGGUCUCUUUGUUGCUUCUCUGAUUAAUGCCCUCCUUGCCUGGUCCGUGAGUUUUGGUGGGCAGCCCUCUCUUGGCAGGUUUGUUGUGGUAACAUAUUCUUUCCAUUUUUAAAUAAUGGAUUUAAUGGUGCUCCGUGGGAUGUUCAAGGUUUUGGAUAUUUUUUUAUAACCCAACCCUGAUCUGUACUUCUCCACAACUUCGUCCCUGACCUGUUUGGAGAGCUCCUUGAUCUUCAUGGUGCCGCUUGCUUCGGUGGUGCCCCUUGCUUAGUGGUGUUGCAGACUCUGGGGCCUUUCAGAACAGGUGUAUAUAUACUGAGAUCAUGUGACAGAUCAUGUGACACUUAGAUUGCACACAGGUGGACUUUAUUUAACUAAUUAUAUGACUUCUGAAGGUAAUUGGUUGCACCAGAUCUUAUUUAGGGGCUUCAUAGCAAAGGUGGUGAAUACAUAUGCACGCACCACUUUUCCGUGAUUUAUUUGUUCGAAUUUUUUGAAACAAGUAAUUUUUUCCAUUCCACUUCACCAAUUUGGACUAUUUUGUGUAUGUCCAUUACAUGAAAUCCAAAUAACAAUCCAUUUAAAUUACAGGUUGUAAUGUAACAAAAUAGGAAAAAAGCCAAGGGGGAUGAAUAGUUUUGCAAGGCACUGUAUUCUAGUAUACAUCAUCAACUUCUUUUAUCAAAACGUAAUAUUAUCCUAGAAUGUUUUCAUUCUAUGUUGAAGACCUUAGUAUAUUCUAUUAAAUAGAUUCCAUUCUAGUUGUUCUGUUCUGUUCUAUGCUAUUCUAUCACUGAUUGGAAAGGUGACACAAACAUCCUCAGUUCUUUACCACAAAUUUAAAAAGAAAAUACAGCUUUAAUGAGGGAAAGUUAUCCGAUAUCCAUGUCCAAAUCAUGUUCCUGUCAGAACCGUCUUCAUUCUCCAUGUUGAAUGGGUUUGUGUUGAUGUUAUUAGACACAGUAGCUUUGACUGAGUGUUUUCCAAUACCCUGACCUUCUACUAACACCUGUCUGUCCAUCAACACACUCUAAUGAACACACACACACUAAUGAAUUAACCUGUUCAGGAGCAGGUGGCAGGUGGUCCCUCAUACAGACAGCGCUACCAGGGCAAGUGAUACACCUUUUGAACUGACGGAUUGUGUUUUAAAUAAAUAAUGAACUCCUAUUAUGGACAUUAACAUUAUUAAGUCUAUUAAGUGGACAUGAAUAGGUGCUGUCGUGUCGUAUACAACGCAUUCGUUUUUAGAUAACAUUCAUUUUAUUCCUUUUUUCUGUACACAGGAUUUAAUGAACUCGUUCGUUCUAUCAAGCAACAUGUCUCUCAAAGUGAAAAUGUUGUUAAAGCGUUGUCUUUGUGUUGUCUUCCAGGUUGAUCUACAAGUGUUCCAUGUGUGAUACGGUGUUCACCCAGCAGACGCUGCUCCAGUCACACUUCGACCAACACAUAGCCAACCAGAAGGUGUCUGUCUUCAAAUGCCCAGACUGCUCCAUGCACUAUGCCCAGAAACAGCUCAUGUUGGACCACAUCAAGGUACUGUACAGAGGGAAAUAUAAUAAUCUUCUCAAGUGGGAAAAUUACUUAUAAAACCCUCCAGUCGGAAGCUUAUUAUAUUAACAGGCACUUCUGUUUUUCAGCAAAUUAUUUAAAUCUACUACAAUGUAAUGACAAGUACUUGAAAUAUAACUGUUUAUAAUCUUAAUCAACAAUUUAUUAAUUAUAAGUAAUGUAUGCGCACAUGACUGACUGUAAGUCGCUUUGGAUAAUAGCGUCUGCUAAAUGGCAUAUUAUUAUUAUAUUAUUAUCCUGAGUGGCGCAGUGUUCUAAGGCACUGCAUCGCAGUGCUAGCUGUGCCACUAGAGAUCCUGGUUCGAAUCCAGGCUCUGUUGUAGCCGGCCGCGACCGGGAGACCCAUGGGGCAGCGCACAAUUGGCCCAGGGUAGGGGAGGGAAUGGCCGGCAGGGAUGUAGCUCAGUUGGUAGAGCAUGGCGUUUGCAACGCCAGGGUUAUGGGUUCGAUUCCCACGGGGGGCCAAUAAAAAAUAUAUUUAAAAAAAAAUGUAUGCACUCAUUAACUGUAAGUCGCUCUGGAUAAGAGCGUUUGCUAAAUGACGUAAAUGUAAAUUAUAAUUGUCCUUGUGCAAUCCAUGACUGUAUGAAUACAGUUGAAGUCGGAAGUUUACAUACACUUAGGUUGGAGUCAUUAAAACUCGUUUUUCAACCACUCCACAUAUUUUUUGUUAACAAACUAUAGUUUUGGCAAGUCUGUUAGGACAUCUACUUUGUGCAUGACACAAGUAGUUUUUCCAACAAUUGUUUACAGACAGAUUAUUUCACUUAUAAUUCACUGUAUCACAAUUCCAGUGGGUCAAAAGUUUACAUACACUAAGUUGACUGUGCCUUUAAACAGCUUGGAAAAUUCCAGAAAAUGAUGUCAUGGCUUUAGAAGCUUCUGAUAGGCUAAUUGACAUAAUUUGAGUCAAUUGGAGAUGUACCUGUGGAUGUAUUUCAAGGCCUACCUUCAAACUCAGUGCCUCUUUGCUUGACAUCAUGGGAAAAUCAAAAGAAAUCAGCCAAGACCACAGAAAAAAUAUUGUAGACCUCCACAUUCUGGUUCAUUCUUGGGAGCAAUUUCCAAACGCCUGAAGGUACCACGUUCAUCUGUACAAACAAUAGUACGCAAGUAUAAACACCAUGGGACCACGCAGCUGUCAUACUGCUCAGGAAGGAGAUGCGUUCUGUCUCCUAGAGAUGAACGUACUUUGGUGCGAAAAGUGCAAAUCAAUCCCAGAACAACAGCAAAGGACCUUGUGAAGAUGCUGGAGGAAACGGGUACAAAAGUAUCUAUAUCCACAGUAAAACGAGUCCUAUAUCGACAUAACCUGAAAGGCCGCUCAGCAAGGAAGAAGCCACUGCUCCAAAACCGCCAUAAAAAAGCCAGACUACUGUUUGCAACUGCACAUGGGGACAAAUAUCGUACUUUUUGGAGAAAUGUCCUCUGGUCUGAUUAAACAAAAAUAUAACUGUUUGCCCAUAAUGACCAUCGUUAUGUUUGGAGGAAAAAGGGGGUUGCUUGCAAGCCGAAGAACACCAUCCCAACCGUGAAUAUCGGGGGUGGCAGCAUCAUGCUGUGGGGGUGCUUUGCUGCAGGAGGGACUGGUGCACUUCACAAAAUAGAUGGCAUCAUGAGGAAGGAAAAUUAUGUGGACAUCAGUCAGGAAGUUAAAGCUUGGUUGCAAAUGGGUCUUCCAAAUGGACAAUGACCCCAAGCAUACUUCCAAAGUUGUGGCAAAAUGGCUUAAGGACAACAAAGUCAAGGUAUUGGAGUGGCCAUCACAAAGCCCUGAUUUCAAUCCUAUAGAAAAUGUGUGGGCAGAACUGAAAAAGCGUGUGCGAGCAAGGAGGCCUACAAACCUGACUCAGUUACACCAGCUCUGUCAGGACGAAUUGGCCAAAAUUCACCCAACUUAUUGUGGGAAGCUUGUGGAAGGCUACCCAAAACGUUUGACCCAAGUUAAACAAUUUAAAGGCAAUGCUACCAAAUACUAAUUGAGUGUAUGUACACCUCUGACCCACUGGGAAUGUGAUGAAAUAAAUAAAAGCUGAAAUAAAUAAUUCUCUCUACUAUUAUUCUGACAUUUCACAUUCCUAAAAUAAAGUGGUGAUCCUAACUGACCUAAGACAGGGAAUUUGUACUAGGAUUAAAUAUCAGGAAUUGUGAAAAACUGAGUUUAAAUGUAUUUGGCUAAGGUGUAUGUAAACUUCCGACUUCAACUGUAGUUAAUCUGCCUGUUAGUGAACCGGAGCUGGUUGUCAUCCUGGUUGUCAUCCUGUCUGUCAUCCUGGUUGUCAUCCUGGUUGUCAUCCUGUCUGUCAUCCUGGUUGUCAUCCUGUCUGUCAUCCUGGUUGUCAUCCUGUUCAUCAUCCUGUUUGUCAUCCUGGUUGUCAUCCUGUCUGUCAUCCUGGUUGUCAUCCUGGUUGUCAUCCUGUCUGUCAUCCUGUCUGUCAUCCUGGUUGUCAUCCUGGUUGUCAUCCUGUUUGUCAUCCUGGUUGUCAUCCCUGUGUAGACGAUGCAUGGGACCCUAAAGACCAUCGAGGGUCCCCCCAACCUGGGUAUCAACCUGCCCCUCAGCUCCAGCCCCAACACCAACAGCACCAACAACGGUCUGGACAGGGUAGACAAGAAUGCCCCCUCUAACCCCCUGAAAAAGGCCAAGAUCACCCCUACCUCAGCCCCCCAGAGGCCACCUGCCCCAGGCUGGACAUGUGGAGACUGUGACCGUGUCUUCAUCCAGAGAGAGGUGUUCGUAGCCCACGUCAGACAGGAGCAUGGCAAGGUACAGUAGAGUCCUAGUUGGAAUCCCAACUCAACCCCUAGCCAGUACCCCGUUGUACAUGUGAACUCAAGCCCUAGCCAGUACCCCGUUGUCCAUGUGAACUCAACCCCUAGCCAGUACCCCGUUGUCCAUGUGUAGAUCUGAGGAUUGGAAAGGUCUAAACUAUGUGGUGACAGUAAUAAAAACCGUAACUGUUAAAUGUUCUAUUUGUUCUCUGUGGAUGCAGCAACUGAAGAAGCACCCGUGCCGACAGUGUGACAAGUCGUUCAGCUCCUCCCACAGCUUGUGUCGACACAACAGGAUCAAGCACAAGGGGCUGCGCAAGGUCUACUCCUGCCUGUGAGUAAUGCGGGAUUGGAUGACAUUUUUGGGAGGUAGAUUUUUGGGUUCGGUUAUUUUGUCGUUUGUUACUAGAACAUAUGAAUUUAACAUACAGUACCAGUCAAAAGUUUGGACACACCUACUCAUUCAAGGGUUUUUAUUUAUUUUUACUAUUUUCUACAUUGUAGAAUAAUAGUGAAGACAUCAAAACUAUGAAAUAACACAUAUGGAAUCAUGUAGUAACCAAAAAAGUGUUAAACAAAUUAAAAUAUAUUUUAUAUUUGAGAUUCUUCAAAGUAGCCACCCUUUGCCUUGAUGACAGCUUUGCACACUCUUGGCAUUCUCUCAACCAGCUUCAUGAGGUAGUCACCUGGAAUGCAUUUCAAUUAACAGGUCUGCCUUGUUAAAAGUUAAUUUGUGGAAUUUCUUUCCUUCUUAAUGCGUUUGAGCCAGUCAGUUGUGUUGUGACAAGGUAGAGGUGGUAUACAGAAGAUAGCCCUAUUUGUUAAAAGACCAAGUCCAUAUUAUGCUCAAAUAAGCAAAGAGAAAAGACAGUCCAUCAUUACUUUAAGAUAUGAAGGUCAGUCAAUCUGGAACAUUUCAAGAACUUUGCAGUCGCAAAAACCAUCAACCGCUAUGAUGAAACUGGCUCUCAUGAGGACCGCCACAGGAAAGGAAGACCCAGAGUUACCUCUGCUGCAGAAGAUAAGUUAAUUACAGUUACCAGCCUCAGAAAUUGCAGCCCAAAUAAAUGCUUCACAGAGUUAAAAUAACAGACACACCUCAACAUCAACUGUUCAGAGGAGACUGCUUGAAUCAGGCCUUCAUGGUCGAAUUGCUGCAAAGAAACCACUACUAAAGGACACCAAUAAUAAGAAGAGACUUGCUUGGGCCAAGAAACACGAGCAAUGGACAUUAGACCGGUGCAAAUCUGUCCUUUGGUCUGAUGAGUCCAAAUUUGAGAUUUUUUGUUCCAACCUCUGUGUCUUUGUGAGACGCAGAGUAGGUGAACGGAUGAUCUCUGCAUGUGUGGUUCCCACCGUGAAGCAUGGAGGAAGAGGUGUGAUGGUGUGGGGGUGCUUUGCUGGUGACACUGUCUGUGAUUUAUUUAGAAUUCAAGGCACACUUAACCAGCAUGGCUACCACAGCAUUCUGCAGUGAUACGCCAUCCCAUCUGGUUUGGGCUUAAUGGGACUAUCAUUUGUUUUUCAAUAAAACAAUGACCCAACACACCUCCAGGCUGUGUAAGUGCUAUUUGACCAAGAAGGAGAGUGAUGGAGUGCUGCAUCAGAUGACCUGGCCUCCACAAUCACCCGACCUCAACCCAAUUGAGAUGGUUUGGGAUGAGUUGGACUGCAGAGUGAAGGAUAAGCAGCCAACAAGUGCUCAGCAUAUGUGGGAACUCCUUCAAGACUGUUGGAAAAGCAUUCCAGGUGAAGCUGGUUGAGAGAAUGCCAAGAGUGUGCAAAGCUGUCAUCAAGGCAAAGGGUGGCUACUUUGAAGAAACUAAAAUCUAAAAUAUAUUUUGAUUUGUUUAACACUUUUUUGGUUACUACAUGAUUCCAUAUGUGUUAUUUCAUAGUUUCGAUGUCUUCACUAUUAUUCUACAAUGUAGAAAAUAGUAAAAAAUAAAGAAAAACCCUUGAAUGAGUAGGUGUGUCCAAACUUUUUACUGGUACUGUGCAUGCGGAUGCACAACUAUUCAGUCUACACAGAUUCAAUAGGGCAACACAUUCCUGUGAUGACAUGUCAGCAUUUUAUAGGUUAAAUGUUCACGGCCUCUUCUCUUAGAACUCUCUCUCUCUCUUUAUAUGACUCCACAGUCACUGUCCAGACCCCAACCGUACGUUUACUAAGCGUGUGAUGCUGGACAAACACAUCCAGUUGAUGCAUGGUGGUAUUAAAGAUGCUGAGGGGAAGACGGCACCAGACCCAGCACACACAGAGGACAGCCCUCCUGACAAGGUACAGUAACUGACCAAUGAGCUGCACCCACGAUCCAUAGUUUGUGCUAUUCUACUCCCUGAUACUGUGACCAGGAUUCAAAGAAACGCAGAUUAAUGGCUUGUGCACUGCUAUUGAUUUUUAAAGGUGAUUUGUGUUUGAGCUAACAUUUUAAAACAAACGAGAUCUCUGCGAACAUGAGGGAAUUUGCCUCUAAAAGUAAUGGCAAUACAAAGGUGGUUUAUCUGUGUUGGAUUGAAUGCAAACCUGUACAUGCAGCAUACCUCAUGUCCCUAUUUUGCCCCCUGCAGGCCCUCAGCCCCAAAAGGAAGCAGCAGGAUGACGAGGGGCCUCCCGGUCCUCGCUCCAGGGGCUCCACACCCGCCCAGCCCCUGAAGAAGCUGAAGGUCAACGUUUUCAAGGUCCACAAGUGUGCCGUGUGCAGCUUCAGCACCGAGGACCUGGUCACCUUCCACGACCACAUUCCACAGCACAAGUCGGAUGGAUCCUCCUUCCAGUGCAGGGAGUGUGGUCUGUGCUACACUUCUCCCCGCUCCCUGGCCCGACAUCUUUUCAUCAUCCACAAGCAGAAGGAGCCGCGGGAGCUAGCCAGACGUAACGGAACCGCUGCAGCCGAUGAGAACCAAAGAGAGAACCAGUUGGGUUCCGGCUCGGGGGACGGCCUGGACGACGGGACGCCUGAGACCAAAUGUAAAGUGUGUGGCAAGAUGUUUGAGACGGAGGGGAGUUUGAACACACACAUGAGGACACACGGCAUGGCCUUUAUCAAGUCUAAGAGACUGAAUGCAACAGAGAAAUAGAGAAGGAGAAGCCUAGUCGGGACACUGUUGUUGAAGCAUAGUGGCAUCUACCAGAAUGUUGUCUCUGACCAAAUUUGCCUCAAAAUGUUGCAUUGUAAAUGCUAGAGUACGAAUAAGACAUUCUCCAUUGACUCCUCUACCCACAUAUAUGAAAUAUAUAGUAUAUACACAAUAUAUAUACACACAUUU